UGGGAAUCGUGGGAGGCGCCUGCGCUCGAAAGCAGACUGAACGGCUAGAAUUAUAUAAUUAUUUAAAACCAUGACUUUGGCAAAAAUAAUAUCUAAGCUUUUUGUAUUGAAUUACAUUAAAAAUACUGUGGCUUGUUUAUCGACGUCGGUUGGAAAUGCAGUGCCUAACUUUGACAACCCAAGACAAGCUUUCAAAUCGAAAAGCACAGCAGACCUAAUCAGGGCAUGCUCAAUUCUGGCCCUUUGCUCUCAAGAUAUUUUAGUUGACAAUGCACUGAAACUAAUGAGAGCGGGUGAAGCUAUAUUGGGAUUGAAAAUAUUCAAAGCAGUCAUGCAGAAAACCUUCUAUGGACAAUUCGUUGCUGGAGAAACAGGACCUGCUGUUAUUCGUACUGCAGAAAAUCUUCGAAAACAGGACCUAACCCUGAUGGUCGCGCCAGCACUUGAAUCGGACGUAGGAGAAAAAAGCAAUUAUGAUUUGCAGGAUAGAAAUUUGAAUGAGUAUUUGAAGCUAGCAGAAUUGACUGCUCAGGGGAACUUUGGCGGAAUGGAAAAACCAGCUUGCCUACAGAUGAAAAUGACCGCUGUUGUUCCGACGGAACUUCUUAUUAACCUUUCAAAAAUUAUCCUUGAAAUUAAUGAGGCGCAGAAACUGAAGAUCAUAGAAAAAUUUUCAAACUUGAUGAUGGGCGUCAAAAGUGAUACCAUUGUGCCUGGAUUGAGAGAUGAACUUCAAGUUGAACUAAUAAAAGCAAGUGAACGCUUGAUGAAAAUUGGAUUGAAAACAAAGGAGGUUGGCGUCAGACUGCUUGUAGAUAUGGAAUGGACCUAUGUAAACCCAGCAUGUUCGGCUUUCGCAUCAGCUCUCAUGAAAAUAUUUAACAGCGAGUCUCCAGCAGUUUGCUCAACAAUUCAGUGCUACUUGAAAGGAGCGAUGGAAACAAUUAUCUGGGAACGAAAAGUAGCGGAAUAUUUUCAGGUUUGUUAUGGUGCUAAAUUGGUGCGCGGCGCAUACUUGGAGAAGGAGUUGCAAGUUGCACCUGAUUUGGUCUGCCAGAGUUACGAAGAUACAUGCAAUAAUUAUGAAAGGGUGAUGACUCAAGCGUUGGAAAUUGCCACAAAGGCUGCAGCAGAGAAGCAUUUCAUAAUAGUUGCAACCCACAACGAAGAGACAGUUAAAAUUGCAACUCGGCUUCUUCAGAAGUUACAAGCCUCUGAUCAUGUAAAUGUCGCAUUUGCUCAAAUUUACGGAAUGGCCGAGAAUAUCUCUCUUCCUUUGGCACAAGCCAAUUACUUGGUCUACAAGUCGGUGGCAUUUGGCAGUCUUCACCAGGUUAUUCCUUACCUGGCAAGAAGAGCUGCCGAAAACAGAGCAAUAAUGAAAGGAGCACGAAGAGAACGCGAAUUGAUGUCAAAUGAAAUUAAGAGAAGAAUUUUAGAGAGAUCAACUUAAUAAAACCAGAAUUACAUAAACGUAAAAGGU